UUUCCUUAGUAACCUCUUAUUUUAAACAUUCCAAAACACAAACAAUGUCUUCCACAACUCCAAAACUCCUCACAUUAAUCAUAUCUGCAUUUACCAUAAUGCAAAUAACAUCAGCUGGUGAUCCAGACAUUCUCACUGACUUUAUAACCCCAAUUGGAUCCCAAGUUGAUGGUACCUUCUUCACAUUCACCGGUUUCCGCGCCCUUCUUCCACCAAACACACCACCCUCAGCUUUCAAAGUAUUGAAAGCAAGCAAAGCUGAAUUUCCAGCUGUUGAUGGACAAAGUGUGGCGUAUGCUGCUCUUCAGUUCCCGUCCGGAAGUAUCAAUCCACCACACACACAUCCUCGCUCGGCCGAGCUACUUUUCCUCGCCUCAGGUUCCCUUCAAGUUGGAUUUGUGGACACUACCAGUAAGCUAUUCACUCAAACGCUACAGCCUGGUGACAUGUUUGUGUUUCCAAAGGGACUUGUGCACUUUCAAUUCAAUUCUGAUACUCAAAAACCUGCUUUGGCCUUUUCUGCAUUUGGCAGUGCUAAUGCUGGAACUGUUUCAAUUGCUAGCACAUUGUUUAACACUACCAUUGAUGAUAAUGUCUUGGCUUUGGCUUUCAAGACUGAUGUUGCAACUAUUCAAACUUUGAAGAAAGGAUUUACUUCUUAAGGGUUAUGAUAAUUGAUGGAACAUUGCAAAAUUUCAAUAUUAAAUUGCUUUUUUUUUUUCCUUCCAGUUACUUUAUGAUUCAGUUAUUGUUUUCAAAAAGGUUGUGAGAUGUGAAAUGGUUGAUAUAACUAUUUCUGUUAUUGUAAUUCAAGUAUGAUGCACAUAAGUAAUAAAGCAUCAUAAUGUGCAAGUUUAUAAUAAAAUUA